UUUUGAUGGUCCAACAAAAUUUAUUUUCAUUUGUAUCCAAUUGUAUCAAUUUUCAGUAAAAUUUUUAGGUCUUAACAAAAUUAUUAAUUCUUUCAGUGUUCUACCAAUUCAUCGCAAUCAAGCGCGACAGAUUCAUGUCCAGUGUGUGCGAAUGGAGAUACUCCUACCGGUGCACACAAAUGUUACAUUUGUAACAAAGCAGUGCAUGCAGUAAACGAAUGCUCUGCACCCGUAAACGAAGAAGGAUACGGCCAAGCACGAAUAUGCAGAAACUGCAAUAAUAAUAAUAUUGCAAAAGAUGUAUUGCCAACGAGAGAAUUAGAAAAUUGGCGCGGAUUAGCCACGACUAAGGAAAAAAAGAUAACAAGUAAAUAUCUGCAUGCAAACAAUAUCAAUAAUUUAUUUUCAAAUAAUAAAGUUACGAAAAUGCCAAUCAUAAAAAAUGGCAGUAAUGUAUCGAUUAAGGCAAUAAAAAUAGGAACUAAUAAGUUUUCUUAUACAAAUACUUGUGCCUUCGACAGCCUAUUACAAUUAUUUACAGCAGGAUAUUUCGAUAAAGAAGAAAUAAAAAAAUUUAUAUCGCAAAAAGAAUCAAAUACAUUUUUUAAAUUGGUGUUAGAUGCAGCAACGCGUGGUAUUACUAGACAAUCAUACAAGCUAAGAGCACAAAUUUUGAAUGAGACUGAGAUCUUUACAAGAAAAUUAUUACCAAAUAAUAUAAUAUUAAUUGAUUGUGUAGCAAACGUUGGUUCUUUAGCUAAUAAAUUAUUUGCAAAAUGUCCUCCAUUUGAAGAAAUUUCAAAAUGUUCCAACGGUUGCGUGGAAAGAAAAAAAGAAUUUCCACUGAUGCAUGCAGAUAUUAACUUGUUGACGCGGCAGGACUUUAAAGCUCUGGAAAAUACAAUAAUUAUUGAAGGAGCUCGACAUUGCUGUCGAAUAAACUGCAAUGGCUUGGAGGAAACAAUGUUUUCACAUUCAGGACCCUAUGUUAUGUUAGAAACAUAUGCGUAUGAAGGAGUGCCAGAAAUUAAAUUACGUGACAUCCCCAAAAAAAUAAAAUUCACAUUUCUCGAGAAAGAAUAUUAUCUGAUUGGUAUUGUCAAUUACACAGGACUUAAAAAACAAACAAGGCAUUCGACAAUUGGCCAUUACACAACAAUUUGUUACCGCAGUAACAAUAAAUGGAUUAAGUAUGACGAUUGCAAAGAUGCCGAAGAAACUUUAAAUGAAAAUUACAUUAUUUCUCCACAAAUUGUUUUGUAUGCAAUAUAAUACAAUUAACAAAAAUGUAAUAUGUGCAUAUAUGUAUGUAUAUGUAUAUACAUGUAUAUGAUAUAAGUAU